UCUGUGCUGUGAUGACUGUACUUCAGGGUAAGUACAUUUUCUGCAAGUACAAAACAAAUCCUGUUGCUCUUGAUAGGAAUUGGGUGUCCUUGGGAUAUGAUCACUAUCGUUGGCUGAUAUUCGAGUGCAGAAAGAACAGACUAAAGGGACGCUUUUUGGACGCCACGGACAAAGCACUAGGGAUAAAAUGUAUGUGAAAUGGUUUGAUACAGUAAUGUUUUACUAUGUGAUUUUAGUGUAUUUAGUGAAUGUCACUUUUUGUUAUUUUCAAAUUUCCCACCAGUUCUGUCCCCGUACGUCCUGACGUCGCAGGGGACAGAACCCAGAAGACAGAUGCCGGCAUCGGCCGUAGGACAUUACAGGGGACACUGCAGGAGGGACA